GGGUGAGCAGCGAGUCUUGGAGAGGCGGGCGAGAGCGACGAGGGGGCGGCGCUAGAGGGCGGGAGCGACCAGAGUCUUUCGAAGAGGAGCAGUAGAGGGGGAGGCUAGAGCGGCCUCCGGAGGGCCUCCAACGGCGGGGCCCGGAAUUUAGGGGGGGGGGCUCCAGCGCCAUGUCAUACGCCUAUUUGUUCAAAUACGUAAUUAUCGGCGACACCGGUGUCGGGAAAUCCUGCCUCCUACUGCAGUUCACAGACGAUCGGUUCACGACUAUCCAUGACUUAACAAUCGGUGUGGAGUUUGGUUCGCGCAUGAUCAGCAUCGACAACAAAAAGAUCAAACUACAGAUCUGGGACACGGCUGGACAGGAAUCUUUCCGCUCCAUCACCCGCUCGUACUACAGAGGAGCAGCCGGGGCCCUGCUAGUCUACGACAUCACCAGACGGGAAACCUUCAACCACUUGAACUCCUGGCUGGAGGACGCCCGGCAGCACUCGUCAUCCCACAUGGUCUUCAUGCUGAUUGGCAACAAAAGUGACCUGGAGCACCGGCGAGCUGUGAAGAAGGAAGAGGGUGAAGCUUUCGCCCGGGAGCACGGCAUGGUUUUCAUGGAGACGUCAGCCAAGACGGCGGCCAACGUGAAAGAGGCCUUCCUCAGCACAGCCAGAAUCAUCUACAAAAAGAUCCAAGAAGGCCAGCUGGACCUUACCAGCGAGGGAAAUGGCAUCAAGAUCGGACCAGCUGCUGUGCAGUGCGAAUCCACCCUCCGCCAGGGUCCCAUGGGCUCCGGAGACCGAUCGGGCUGCUGCUGAGCUGUCCCUGGAAUCCAGCCAGGCUUGUGACACCUCGGGAACACACAGAGAGCUCUCCCGUGCACACGGGCACACUCUUGUUCAAUUUCCGGCACUGCGUUUCGGGCACAGGGAUCUCACAGCCCGGCCCUUUCUCAACCCCUGCAAACCGACCUCUUCCUGCUAGGUGGGGGGAUUGGGACCACACGGGACCUAGAGCUGCCGUUGACUUGUGGACUCUGGUUCCCCACCUCCAGGCUUCCCUGAUCAGGGAGGGGCAUUUCCAGGUCUCCUCCUACCCCCCUGGUCUGUGCCUUAACACAUCUAUCGCCUCUUCCAAAGUUGUAUCUUCCCUUCCCCACACUGGGUUCUUAGAGCCCUUGCAGGGAAGUUCAGGGUCAUCCAGGCCAUCCUGGGCUCUCCCAGCUCUUAGAUUUUAAGCCACGCUGCACUGUGAAUUUUUUCUUCCUAUUAAAACGUUUCCCAUGUUUGA